AUGACACCAAUUACGUUUUCCUUAGCAACGUGUGAAUGCGCUUUGGCAAGCGACUUGGAUUCAUGUUAUAAGCGGACUGCAAAUCACCUUAUUGCAAUGGAUGAAACGGCAAAACCCCUAAGAAUUCCACCUGAAAUGGCUAUUUAUGCAGAGAAGCAUGAAAUAUUUGAUUUAGUCCAGACAUUGGUGACAAAUCUUAUGGUUGAUAAGCCAGAGGAUCCCAUCCAGUAUCUAAUUGUUCUUCUCAAAAGGGGCAGUGUUGAGGUACCCAGAGUGAUGUUGUUAGGUCCACCUGCAUCAGGGAAGAGAACUGUUGCCAGGAAGCUGUGUGAACACACUCAAGUGAUCCAUAUUACAGACAGCAAUAUUCUGAAGGAAGACACUGACCUAACAAAGAAGGCACUACAAUACAAAGCCAAGCAACAGGACAUCCCAGGUGACCUUUGGAUCAAGUUGAUUCAGCAACGGCUGUCGAAAAUAGACUGUGUCCGACGGGGUUGGGUGUUGGAGGGGAUACCUCAGACACGAGAGGAGGCCCUGUCCCUACAGGAGGCUGGAGUUGCCCCAAAUCAUGUGGUGUUGCUGGAGGCACCCGAUGCAGUUCUGAUUGAACGGAGUCAGGGCAAGAGAAUAGACCCUGUCACAGGAGAUGUGUACCACGUCACGUUCAUUUGGCCCGAGGACAAGGAAGUGGUGCAGCGGUUAGAGCGCCAGAAGGCCGUGUCAGAAGAGCAGCUUGUCGCCCAGCUGAUGCAGCACCAUCGCGAGGUUCACGCCCUGCGUAAGACCUACCGCAACUGCCUGAAGGGCAUUGAUGCCGACCAACCGCAUGUGGACGUAUUUGACCAAGUUCUGACGUACAUUCUCUCGCGGCACUGUUCUGUGGCCCCUCACACCCCCAGGGUCCUCCUAUUUGGACCCCCUGGCUCAGGCAAGCGUUUGCAGGCGAAACUUAUCUCUCAGAAAUACAACAUUGUCAAUCUUUGCUGCGGUGAGCUUCUGGAGGCGGUUUCUGCAGAUGCGACCAAUAUGGGAGAACUCAUUAAACCUUACUUGGAGUCUGGACAACAAGUGCCUGAUAGUAUGGUGCUGCAGAUCCUGACGGAGCGUCUCAGCAGGCUGGACUGUACCACACGAGGCUGGGUGCUGCAUGGCUUCCCCAGAGACCUGGAGCAGGCAGAGAAACUCCAGGAGUCCAACUUCAUCCCCAGCAGGGUCUUCUUUUUGGAGAUGACAGACGAUGUGGCCAUCGAGAGAGUCACUCUGAGGUCAAUCGACCCUGUCACUGGAGAGAGAUACCACUCACUGUAUAAGCCAGCCCCCAGUCCUGAGGUGCAGACCCGUCUGCAGUUCAAUCCCAAGGACUCCGAGGCCCAACUGCUCCGGGAGCUAAAGGAGUACUGGGCCAAUGCUUCCUCCCUGCAGGACCUCUACCCUGAGGCGGUGCAUAUCAACGCUGACCAGGACCCACACACCGUCUUUGAGUCCCUAGAGAGUCGUCUAGUCGGACGUCUUCAAAACGAUGCCUGAAUUCUAAUCGAGACCCCCACCCACCCUCAUGAUUUUACAUUAACACAAGCAGAGUGAAGAUCCUUUUUAGUUAGUAUAACGUAUUGGAAUCUUAAUUGUAGAAAUAAAAGGAGUUUAUUGUUCAAACCCA